AGCUGCAGAUAAAAUUUUCAGAAUUUGAAGUUGAAAUUUUGAGACCGACUCGAAAUUCUAUUCUAUUUCUUUUUUAUAUAAAAACAAAAAAAAGUACAUGCCGGAAAAGAAAAAGACGACGGCGGACAGUAACCGCUAUAUUCAUGCUUACUCGCGGCGGGGAAAACAGAAGAUGACUUCUGGUUGCACCUGCAGCAACCGUUCUGGCGGUACAGAUGCGAAUACCGCCGCCAACCAGGUGGAGGAGGAGGAGGAACAGCAAUCAAAGCAAAAACAAGGAUGCAGCUGCGAUGAGGCUGACCGCCGGGAUUCAAGUCGUGAUGAGGGUGGUCAACUCCCGGAAAAACGUGUACUUCAACUCGUCAUUGAUAUCCUCCAACGGAGAGAUACCUAUGAAAUAUUUGCAGAACCAGUUGACCCAAAUGAGGUGGAGGAUUACUAUGAAAUCGUGAAAGAGCCUAUGGAUUUUGGAACAAUGCGAGCAAAACUUCACGAAGGGAUGUACCAAAAUCUUGAUCAAUUUAAGCAUGACGUAUUUCUGAUCACAAGAAAUGCUAUGCAUUUUAAUUCUUCAACCACAAUUUUUUUCAGACAGGCCCGUGCUAUACAUGAAUUAGCGAAAAGGAUAUUCCAUGUUCUAAUGACUUCACCUCAAAACUUUGAGCUGAAAUUUCCGAGCACAAGAAGGCGGUCCACUCGAAGAACAACGCCGGCCGCCACCACCUUUCCUAAUACAACCACUUCUUCUGUUUCUUCUGUAAAUGCGAGGAGAGGAAGAAGCCUUACUAGGAGGAGGAUAAGAUCUAACUUGACCCUUCAGACUAAAAGAAAGAACAAUUAUGGAUCUCAAACAGGAAUAUUAGAUGAUGAGAAGUCCAAUCCGGUGGAAAUUAAUCGCCGGUGCACGUAUAAACCAAAUAGCUGUGAUGACAAUGAUCCAUUUGGUUUAAGAAGCUUCCUCUCCAAUGCAAUAGUAAUCCCUGAUAUUAGUUACACCAAAAGCUUGUUGUCAUUCGUCAAGGAUUUGGGACCAACAGCGCAAAGAAUCGCCAAUCAAAAGAUCCAAAGAAUGGCGGAAAGUUGCCCUAAUUCGCUUAGCCAGACAAAUUUAUCAUCUUAUGCUGCUCCUCCAAAUCACCCUAAUGAUGAAUUUAAGAGGGCAACUUCUUCAAGAAUGAGCCUUUUCGGAAACGUUGGAAGAGUAGGAGGAGGAAAAGAGGAAGAUUAUAUUAAUGCUAGAAGUGUUAAGGAAAACGAGAAAGUGAUGAUGCAAAAUCAUCAUCAUGGAAGAAUGAGGAAGGAGUUUUGGAUGGAGGAUGAAGAAGAGGAGAAUGUGAGAGGGGCUAUUCCAGUUGUGUUAGCUUUGGAGCACUCAAAUGCAAAUAAUGCACAUCAAAAUGGAAAUGCAGCUGCAAAUGAAUGGAAGUUGAAGAAACAAAAAAUGGGGAGCAACAGAAGUGGUGAAUUGGUGCCAUCUCAAAGCAAACAAUCAUCAAAUGCUUCACAGCAAACAAAUAAAAAUGACGGUGAAAGAAACAGCUUGUGUACUUUUGUUACAGCACCAAUGCAAAAUCUACAAACAGCUGAGGAGCCUAGCAAGAAGGGGACCGCAAUGGAGGGAGAAAUAGCUUCUAAUCCCUACACUUUUACUUUAGGAUUUUUGAAGGCACAACUUAAUCAGAUGAAUAGAAAUGCAUAGCUAGCCUAGUCUAAGAGGAUGAUUAAUCCCAUUCAUGCUCAAAGAAACAAC